CGCAGCAGAAGUUGACACGCUCAACAUGGCGUCGUUACGAUGCUUUGUUGCGUUUUCAUCCGGGUCAAAGUUGAAAUAAGUUUUUACCUGGGGGAAAAAAAUCACGUGUUAUAACCAUGGUAAAGAUAACGGAGAACAUGCUGCUGGAGAGAGGGACUCCAAAAACUGACAAACUGGAGCACAUCAGGACGCUGAACUUGUCAAAGCUUGGCUUAUGCAGUAAGGACUUGCCCGUCUCUCUGCUCUGCCGGCUCUGUAACCUGGAGCAGCUGGACUUAUCUGGGAACCGCCUGGAGGGGCUGCCCUCGGGUCUGCGCCUGCCUUCCCUGCGCGUGCUGGACUGCUCUGACAACAACAUGGAGAAUGUGGCCUCCCUGCAGAGCCUGUGUGCCCUGGAGGAGCUGCGGCUCGAAGGGAAUAUCUACCUCACAGUCAGUGACCACUACAAACUGAUGUUCCUCUUGUCUAAGCUGAGGGUCUUCGAUGGCAAAGACAUCAGCUCGACGGCACGCCACCUGCGCCAUGUCGAGAGUGAAAAUCUUAGGAAACGGGUGGUUGGAUUGUGGGAGGCAAAUUUUUCCCUGCCUGAUAACCCAACAGCAGAGAAGCUGAAAGCUCUGGAGGGCGAGUUUGUGCGGGCGGCACGGGCUCAGAUAAAGUAUGGCCCCAGUUCCGUCAAUGACUACAUCAAGUGGAGGGUGGAGAUGCUUGCGAAAGAGUACCUGCGCUCACUAGCUGAGAGUGAACGGGAGGAGCGCGGGGGUGUUAGUGCCAUGAAUGAGGUCGGCCAGGGUGUGCUGUCUACCCCCAAGAGGAAACAGGAGGCCACAGGGGUGGUUGAAAACGACGGCAGCACUCCGAAGAGACCCCGGAGAGCCGACACACCACCUGCUGAAGACAGCCCCAGGAAGUCGAGCCGCCUGCAGGGCACUCCUGUGAAGGUCGACAAACCCAUGGAAAGCUCUCGAAAAGGUGAUGGAGGGUUGGGCAGCCCCAGGAAGUCAAUCCGCUUGCUGACCACACCCGUGAAAGCCGACAAGCCCAUGGAAAGCCCUAGAGAAGGUGAUGGAGGGUUGGGCAGUCCCAAGAAGUCGAUCCGCUUGCUGACCACACCCAUGAAAGCCAACAAGCCCAUGGAAAGCCCUAGAGAAGGUGAUGGAGGGUUGGGCAGCACCAGGAAGUCAAUCCGCUUGCUGACCACACCCGUGAAAGCCAACAAGCCCAUGGAAAGCCCUAGAGAAGGUGAUGGAGGGUUGGGCAGCCCCAGGAAGUCAAUCCGCUUGCUGAUCACACCCGUGAAAGCCGACAAGCCCAUGGAAAGCUCUCGAAAAGGUGAUGGAGGGUUGGGCAGCCCCACUGGGAAAAGGCUGAGGGGAGAAAGCCUCAGAAUUCUGGACGGCCCAGGCAAGGCCACUCCCCUUAAGGGGAAGAAGGUGGACGACUUGUUUAUGCAAGCGCACGAUGCCAAGCCCAAGGAGCCCGUGACCCUGCUGCCCCUCCACGUGCUGCAGUGCCACAGUAAGCGGGACAGCCCUGAAGAUUUCAGCACUCAGCUGUGGGCCUGUGCCUUUGAGCCCCCCCUGGAGGACUGCAAUUCCAGCCAGGAGUCCCGCAUCGUGGCCACUUGUGGGGGGGAGUCUGUGUGUCUGAUAGACUGUGAGACGGGACACGUGCUCAAGAAGUACAAAGUGCCUGGCGAGGAGUUCUUCUCCUUGUCCUGGACGCGCUUGAUGAUGUCUCGGGAUGGGGGCGUGGUGCGGCCAUGCACCGUCCUGGCGGCGGGGGGCAAGAGGGGGAUAGUGAAGCUGAUCCACCCCCGGGCCAGCGUGGCCUACGGGGAAUUCCGCGCUAGCCGGCGUUCCCUCUCCACGCUGCGGUUCAGCUCCCAGCAGCAGAGCUUCCUGUUCACUGGAGCGUACGACAACAAGAUUGUGAUGUGGGACGUCGGUGGAAUGGACAGCAACUACAAGUUUGAAGUCAGGCAGCUCCUGGUGCUGGAGACAGACUCGACCCCUCUGCAGCUCGGCCUGCCCCCCUCUGGGCCAGAUUCGCACCUUCUAGCUGGCUGUGAUGGAGGUCUUCUUAACUUCAACAUCCAGCUCAGUCAGAACGUGCUUAAGAGAUCUCCGGUGAUGGAGAUCACGUUUCCUGUGUACAAGAAAGACGACCGGGACAGGCACUACCGCACCGUGGAUGGCUUGGGCUUCCUCUCGGAGGAUGUCGUCGUGUCCAAGUGCCACAUGGCAGGUUGUAUCUACCUGUGGAGCUGGAGACGCACCCAAGCCACUCGGCCCAACAAAACCAAAGAGGUACCCGCUGCCAUCCUGGCUGUGCUGCAGUGGUCCUGCACUGACGUCCCGUACCUCUCUCUCAGCACCUGUCCCAGCGAAGGGUAUGUGGUAUGUGGGGACGAGGACGGCCAAUUGUGGACUUACCAUCUCCCAGACAUUUCCAGGGCUGCAGCAAAGACUGACAGAACUAUUUCACCCACCGAGGUUCUGCAGUGGCCUUCGCCCGUCAGGAAUGGAGGCGGACCCGUGGAGGGGCCGUCCAUCAACAGCGUGGCGGUGGGCCCCAGGGUCCGAUACCUGGUGGCAUUAAGCGACAAGAACAUGGUUAUUGUGUGGAAGAGGUUGUAGCUCUUUAAGUCACACUCUUUUUCCGAGAGACCAUACAAUAGAGCUUUAGGUUUCAUUUAAUUUUUCAUCUCAUUCUCAUGUUUUUAGGCAAGAAAGACUUUUGAGAACAAUUAUGUAUAGGUGUUUAUGUAUUAAGUGAAAUCCUUUCAAAAUAUGCUGUUUUUACUUUUAAUGCCAGUUAUUUUUAGUCUUUUUAUCUUUUAAAGUUUGUAUGUUUUGUUAUACUUGCAAAAAAUGUAUGAUAUAAUCAUACACCACCUA